UUGCCGAUUCCGAAUUUCUCUUUCAGCAACUUUCGCGAAAGAUUAUAAAACUAUAGGCACACAUUGGUCGCGCGUACAUUCCAAAAUGUUGAGGCUCGUGAUCGCCAUAGCCGCACUUGCCUGCGUACAUAGCGCACCCGCGUCUGAAAUUUUGUCUGCACAAUUGGAUGGUCGGAUUGUGAACGGUUCUACAACCACAAUCAGUUCCUUCCCAUGGCAAGUAUCAUUACAAAGCUCAGGUGCACUUUUUUGUGGUGGCUCCGUGUACAGCGAAUAUAUUAUUGUGACCGCGGCGCAUUGCGUUGAAGAUGAACCGCUUGAGUCGUUCAAAGUGCGUGCCGGUUCAACUUACUGGAAUUCCGGUGGUAUACUAUCGAAAGUGGCGGCAUAUAAAAUGCACGAAUUGUACGGUACCAAUGGCAUGGCUUACGAUAUUGCCGUAGUACGUUUAGCUACGCCACUUAAAUUUAGCUCUACCAUUAAACCGAUCGCUUUGGCAACCACAGCACCUGUGGAUGGCGUCGAAGCUGUGGUUUCCGGCUGGGGUACCUUACGUUCUGGUUCGGCAACUUUACCCACGCAAUUACGUUAUGUUAACUUUAGUGUGGUCAGUAUGGCUAACUGUUCCUCCGAUGCUUACAACUACACCAAUGAGGACAUCGUAGAGACUAUGAUAUGCGGUUACACAGUUGGCAAGGAUGCCUGUCAAGGUGAUUCCGGUGGUCCAAUGGUAGCUGGCGGUGUAUUGGCCGGUGUUGUUUCAUGGGGUAUCGGCUGUGGUUUUCCCAACUAUCCAGGUGUUUAUGCAGAUGUGGCUGCUCUGCGUACAUGGGUGGAGCAGACGGCUAGUAGUAUUUAAGUGGUGGUUUCUAGUUUUCCAUUUUAGUUGGUGGACUUUUGAAUGACUGAAACGUAAAUAAAUAUCACAGGACACAUCAAGCCACAUGCAACAAACUAAAGGAUAAAAAAUAUAAAUACGAGCAUCGGAUGAGAGACUCUCAUUUCAUGGAUUUUGUUUUGAAUACAUACACCUAAAAUAUCUAAUUCCUUAAUUGGGAAAGUGCUGCUGCUCAGCUACUUCUCUUAUAAAAAUUAAGGCUGAUAUCACCUAGACACGAAAAGAGCGAUAGCAGGAACAAAGAUAGAAGAAGGUGGUCUUAGUGAAGUCUACAUAUGAGAGCGGAGCGAAAAUUUUUAAUGGAAGAGAGACUCUGUCGUCGAUCCACUGGCAUACUGAAUAUAUUUCAGCCCAAUUUAUUAUCUUAAGCACUUACCAUUAAUCUUAUCUUAACCUUCUUCGCUUCAAGGGAAUAUCGCCUUCUACAUGCGAAGCAGAGUCGAUUUGUCUCACAUGAUUGCAGAGAAAUAUUCUCUCUAUUUUUUUCAACUUUUAUUAAUAA